UACUACCUUGUACAUGGUAGUCAUAUUCCAUCCAUAUUGACUUGGGGUAACAACUGGAGAGAGAUUAGUAUUGUGUCUGCUAGUUAGCGCCAGUGGUGUCAUUUAUUUUGUACAUCGCGUCGUAGCAGUUGCAAGCGCUGCGGGAAGCGCUGAUCAUUUAUUUUAUUUUGUUAGAAUUUGUCGAAGAUAUCGGUGGUACCAGGUAUAUGGUAUCACGCACUCACCAUCCUCACUGUCGCUGAUGAGUGAUCCUGAGGCUGAGACCUCAGACUCAGUCCGACAGCUCAGGAGUCGGGGGCAGGCUCAGUCAGUCUCAUCCAUCAGCAGAUCAGCUCAGUCAGAGCAGGUCAGUAAAACUCCAUCAGGUGCAGAUAGAUCAUCUGAGCUGAGACAGUGCAGAGUCAAGCUUCUUCGAGUUAGAACAUUAUAUUGAUAAGUGACUUAGCCUACUGAGCUAGUAGUAACAGGAACAAAACUAGACAGUCAGUGUAAUUGAAUCCGGCAUCAUGCAGACACCACCGAGGCAACAAAAAUAUUUCCCAAGCAAGGCUGCAGAGGAGAUAGCAAAUGUAACUCCCACAAAGUUGAUGAACAAGUCAAAGAUUUCAGACAUUAAUCAAAAUGAGAAGAAUGAACCAAGACCAAGCCCUAGCGAUGACAUUAUACUCACACAAGCCACAAAGAGAUUGGACUAUCUACCCUGGGAGGAUUAUUUCAUGGCGGUAGCAUUUUUGUCCGCCCAGCGGAGCAAGGACCCAAGUUCUCAGGUUGGUGCUUGUAUCGUGAAUGAAGAGAAAAAGAUCGUUGGUAUUGGCUACAAUGGGAUGCCCAAUGGUUGCCAUGACGAUGCAUUACCAUGGAGUAGAGAAAACGAGGACUGGCUGGAGACUAAGUAUCCAUAUGUUUGCCAUGCCGAGCUGAACGCCAUCAUGAACAAGAACUCUGCAGAUGUGAAGGGAUGUACUAUGUAUGUAGCUCUCUUUCCCUGCAACGAGUGUGCUAAGGUCAUUAUACAGUCGGGGAUCAAAAAGAUCAUCUUCCUCUCCGAUAAAUACCAUGAGACUGACACAAUGACGGCUUCAAGGAGAAUGCUGGAUUAUGCUGGAGUAACUUACAGUAAAUUCACACCAUCUAAGCAAACAGUCACGAUAGAUUUCUACACAUUGGAUCCACAAGCAAGACCCAAAGACGAGAACAAAAACGAAGAGCAACCCUAACUCCUCACAUAUCAGGGUUUGUCUGGUAAUAUUUAUUUUGCUCAAACUGUUUUUUUUUAUUUAAACAGAUCUUGUCUUUCCAGAUUAUUUGUACAUCUUAUUUAUAUUUUCAUAUGACUAUAUUGGUGAUGCAGAAUGUUUGUAGAACAUGAGAGAGAAAAAAAGAAAACAACUUUAUUACUAGCUUCUGAGCUACAAGUAGAUAAUGGGUAGACCUCAGUCUCAAUAACGUAACAGUUAUUAGGUAAUUGAUUAUAGUGACUUGAUCAAUACCAGUGGCAAUGAUUCUAGGGGGCGGGGGGGCACAGUGCCCCCACUUUUUGAAGCACCGGAAACUUGCCCUUUUUACACAAGAAAAAUGCCCCCUUACAAACGUGUACCCUUUCGCCGAGGAUGACCCGUUAUAGGUGUUACCAAGUGCCCUUUCUCGUAUAAGUGCCAAUUUUCACCACAAAAAAUGGGGGAGGAAAGGAAUUAUUUGAGCCUGUUUUUAUCAAUCUUGUCUAUCACAGGUAUUGUUGCUAUGUCUUUUUAAUUUCUGUUUAUUUUUUUUGUGGCUCACAAGGUUGGCAGGUACAUGUAUGCUUGCUGAAAACUAACAAUAAUUACAUGACUGUUAAAGUUUGCAAUCAAAUUAUUGCAUGAACCCUUUUCUCAGUUCAAGUUGUAUACAUGUAUUGAGAUUUUUUUUUCUUUCGCAAUAGGUUUGUCAAGAUUCACCUUCUGAUCAUUAGAGAACUUUGGAAUUUAUAAUCCAUUCAGAAAAAUGUUGGCCUCUUUACUUGAAUUCUCCGACCAUGUGGAAGAAUACAAAUUUGAAUAAAAACCAUGCAAUUCUCUUAUAACAUCCUGAGGAUUAAAGAUAAAUGAAUCAUCCAUACCCAUCAGCAUAUAAAUAUUUAAUAUAUAUUGAUUAUAAAUAUUCAAUAUAUAAUACUUUUGAUGGACCCAGUGCUUGCAUCCAUUGAAAUAACAAGCUACCCAGGAAAAGAUUUUGACAUGAGCUUGAGGAGGGUGAGGAGGUGUGUUUCUCCUACAGACACAACAGGGGUUGUCAUCUUCUCCAUCAUCUGUCUCGGCAAGCGGAUGGUCGAACAGUCUCCUGUUGGUCUUCGAUGAUGAUGUUGAUGGCCCUGCCUGACCGCUAGCUUUCUUCUGCUUUCUUUUGGACAACCUGGCAGUACUUCUUUCUUCCUCAUCAGCUUCAGAAACACCUGGUUUUCGGUUAUGCUGACUCCAGAAGCCCUAAAAUAAGUAGUGGAGACCCUCUUCUCUGUAGCUUCAGGAGAAGAAGGCUUUCUUGCAGUCAGGAACAGAUCAGUCUCACUAGGUGCUUGCAAUCGACCCAUGUCUUUUGGGGACCCAUCUGCUGCAUUUCUGCAGAAGAGGGAGUAGAUGUCUGCGGUGUCACGAGUGCUCGUCUUGGACACUUUCAAAAUCCUUAAUACUGCACUUGGAUUGAAAGGAAAGAUGGCUGUUUUCCAAAAUGCAGAUUUGAGGUCGUCUUCCUUCAGAGCCUGGAGGUAUGCUGAAGAAGAUAGUCGAGCGAUCUCGUAUCUUGUUAUUACUUGAUCAAGGGAUUCAAGGCACACUCUUGAUUGUACGUAGACUUCAUCUCAAAAAAGCAGGCGAGGUCAAGUGGUUGUGUAAUGUGCGACAUGUGAGCUGGCAACAUGAAAAGGAUGACCUGGUUUGCCCUGGCAUAGUCAAUGACCUCAGUGCUGAUAAGGGAUGUGUGGCCAUUGUACAUCAGAAGGACAUAUUCUCUAUCUUCCCUUGGAGGCAGGGACGGAACGAAGUGCACCAUGAAGAACUUCUUGAACAUGGUCCGAUUACUCCAACCUGUCUUUGUGAUAGUUAUUUUGGAUCUAGGAAGAACACUGCUCGUAAGUUCCUCAAUCCUCCUUUUCCCUUUGAUAAACACAUAGUAGUGUGGAAGAGCCUUACUGGCUGCGUUUCCACAAGCUAGGACUGUGGUGGUGGCAAUCCGUUGUGAUGUAACUGCAUUGGUUCUGGAUCAGUGAUCUGAGCAAGCUACCUUGGGUGGUUUAUGUUCAUCGACAUUCCAGAUGUAUCGGGGCUUGUCACAAAGAUGGAACUUGUCCAUGACAAGACAAAGUUCCUCAAAAUAGUUCGAUAGAACCUCCUCUGUUGAUUUCGCUCGGUUCAUUCGCAACUUGCUGGGAGCUAUGAGGCGAAGAUUGUUUCCUGAUUAUUCUGGGCCAAUUCGAUGGGCUCGCUGUAUAUCUGCAAGUUUCUGCGCUGCUUCUGUUCCCUGUCUAGCAUCUUGCAGCAGAGACUGCACAAAUCCCGCGCAGUCCCCUCCAUCAAAUUUCUCUGGCACAUUGUAUAGUACAAUAUUGUUAUAUCUGUUUCGGUUUUCAAGAUCUUCUAACUUGAUAUCUGUCUCUUCAAGUGCUUUUGUGAGUUUUGUUACUUCAUCUUUCGAAUUGUCUAGAUCUCAAACUUCAUGGAGGCAUGAGCCUCGUGGCACUCCUUCAAGAUCUCAUUGAACCUAACCUCUUGCUGUACCGCAAAAUUCUUGAACCAACCUGGUGCUUCGGUCUCUUGCUCUGGCUCCACACCGAGCCCGACCGCGUCUGGGUGCUGCACUGACACCAGUGCUUGCGUAUUGCCUGCUGUGCUAGUGUCCAUAGACACACAUUACUGUAGUUGCUUGUCCUUUUUCCAUCAUAAUUUUUUUCUUGAUGGGUUAAUAAUCUAACCUUGAAGUCUCUCUGCUCCUUCCACCUUUCAUCUGUUCCUCUCUGCCAUAGUACAUAGCGUCUCCUGCUUCAAAAACUGACUUAAAAUCCUCAAUCUUUACUCAUCACUCUCGCACAUGUCUUCACACGAGCGUCGCCAUUUGAACCUCCCUUAUUUUUUAUAUAAUUAUUUUUGACAUAUUGCACAGUAGUACGGAAUAUCCUCGUGGUAGUAGAGAAUCGCUAUAGGAGUUGAUAUGUUGUCUCUCGAUAAGGCAAACUGUUAUUGCGACAUUCCGACUACAACUGCUAGUCUUUGUCAGGCAACGUGGACAAUAGUCACUGCAUGCACCUUUUAUCUCGUUAUACAUUAUAGAAAAUAUGAAUAAAUCUUGUCUUCCACUUGAAGAAGAAAAAAGUAUUUGCAGCGAUGUUUGAAUGUUUUGAUCAGAUGAAGGAUUUGAGCAACAAGCCACUGUAAAUACGCGAGGGCAUUCUCUUCCAAACCUGUGUCUUAUCAGGGCCCUGAUGCACAAGACUUAGGUAUUGAAUGUAUGGCUGAUUUUUAUGACUGAUUCACACACAAUAAUUAAUGCAAUCAAUAGUAGAAAUCAGCUCCAUGAUAAAUCGCUUUUCUUUAUGUUGCUGGCCCCGGAACACUUUAAUGCAACUAAAUAAAUACAUAUCCUUUCUGUGAGUAUGGUAUACACACAUGUAUGAGAAAUUAUUAGAUUUUUUUCUGAAGCACUCUUGAAAUUUCUUACAUAUUUUUUAAAUUUGGACCCAGAUAUGAGUUGAUUGACAUAUAGUAGCUUUAGAUACUAAAUGAGAAUUAAUUAUGUGAUUAUAAUUAUACACACCUAAACUGUAAUAGAUAAUGCACUUGUUGUAGAGUUUGUGGCAGAUGGAAUUUAAAACUAUGGUAAUGGUCUGAAUAGUCCGUUCGAAGCUUCUCUUAAUGACUAUAGCAGGGUUGGCUGAUUUAAAUCAUGAUUUAAAUCACAAUUUAAAUCACUUUAAUUGAAAAGUUACAAAUGAUUAACAGUUUUUUUCAUUUGUGGCAGUUUUAUAUUUUUUUACAACUCCAGGUUUAUUGUACUAAAAGAAAUAAUUCAAAUAAACUUGCAACUUUUUCCCAAUAAGUCACAGCUUUGCAAUUCAAUGCUUUAAACAAUCAAAAAGCUCCAGCCAUGGCUUAAAUACCAAAGGAGGUUUAAACAAACAAAAGGCAAAAAGAAAUAUAGUUUUCUUUAUUAAACACAUGAUUUCCAGUCCUUGGCUUGAAAAUCAGGUAUGUUUCUCUUUCAAGAAUGUGAGUCUCUGAGUCAUGGAAUUCUUCCUAAGAAACUGAUCCUCAUUUCAAGUUUGAAUAUGAACACUACCUUUGCAGUAUUAGCUUUACCAAGGCAAUUCCUCAACUUGGACCAAACCAGUCAGUAGGAGCGAAUUAACCUUACACGAGAGGAUGCAGAAAACAGCAUCUUCAUCAUGACUUGUAUUCUAUUUUAAUUCUGUUUUGACUGGCUUUAACUAUUAAAUAGAAUAGAAAUUAAUAAUAAUUUUAGUUGUGAAAUGUAUGAUUUUGAAAAUGAUUUCAGGGUAAGGGUUGGUGUUUCCACUUUGUUUUAGAAAAUAUUGUUAAAAAAAAAUCUGAUUUAAAUGAAAAAAAAUAUUGUUAAAAAAAUCUGAUUUAAAUAAAAAAAUCUGUUUUAGAUGAAAUAAAUCUGAUUUUUUUUUAUUCAUUUUUUUUUAAAUCCCCAAUCCUGGACUCCAGUCUUAAUAUGACUUUAUGUUUUAUUAUUUUUGUCAGGGUGCUUAUGAAGUUAUUGCAAUAUUCUAGUGUAAAGUUUAUCAUUUAUGUUUAUUGAAUAUGUGGUGGGGAAAAGACACAAUGUAUUUAUUAAUUAUGUACUGUAUUUCUACUACAUAGAUAUAAUUUGAGAAUAUAGUGUAAGUUAAUUGUACAUUUGCAUGUAGGAAAACAUUGUAAAAAAAACACUUUGGUUUUUAAAGGUUUUCCUCAUGUGGGACUGUCCUACAAGCCUACCAGUAAUUUUGUUAGAUAAAAAUUUUAGGAUUUAGAAAUAUAUAUUGUUAACAUAACAUUUAUUUUGAUAUGUGAAAUGAUAAAAAUGACUCACUCUACGUACAUAGUACAGUGCACGGCUAAUUGUCAACACAAAUUAGGCAUACCUGAUUGUGUAUUAUCAUUAUUUAGAAAAGACAGGGGACCGUUUCAUCAACAUUUUUGUCUGACAAGUUGUCAGAUCUGACAUCUUUCCUUGAUUCUGAUUGGCUGAGAUGCACUGUUACUAUAGUAACUGUCGGAUAAAAUGGGACUUGUCGGAUAAAAAGUCUGACAAGUCCUUUCAUGAAACGCUCCCCUGAUCUGUUCAGAAAAUGCUUAGAUGCUUUUCUAACACAAUUAUAAUUUUUUUAUUAGAAUAAUUUUGCAACACGAUUUUUUGUAAAUACAUUUUUGGUUGAUUCUCAAACUUAUAUAAUUUACGAUUGUUGCCACAAUUGGGCUUUAUUUUUUAAAGCUGAAGUACCUUAUAUUGUGAAAAUAUGUGUGUUUUGGUUAAUUUUGGUUUGUGUGAGGUGGGAAAUUCUGAAAGGUUUUUUUUUUGCAUUUUACAGUUUUGAUUAAUGCCAUGCAUUUUGAAAUUGACUCGCAAAAGGUUAGUUACAUGUAUGCUAGCUUUUUAAAAUUUCAUUUCUUAUGAAAAUUUCCUUUCCUAUGAAAAUUUCCACCUAUCUCUAAAUGUGUGCUUGGCCAAAUCCUCUAAAUCCACCAUCAUUUAGUUUGAAAUAUCAUGUGUUGUAGCUCAAAUACCAAUUUCGAAAGUACAUUAUGAAUUCAGAAAAAAUGGCAUCAUUACUGCUUUAAUUUAUAUACGGCACAUUUACCUCUUUUUUAACACCAUAUAAGAUUCUGCAGUACUCCUUUGAUAAAAGUACAUUUGUGUAUGUUGACAGUUGAGUAUUUAUUCUGAUUUCUGAAUUCAAUUUAGAUGUUUUUUGUUUCAGCUCCAUGUAUUCACAAACAGCCUUGAUGCCUGCAGAUACAAAAAAUACAAAAUAGAAUUCAGACAUGUCUUUAAUGAAUUGCAAUAAUUCUAGGGCAAGGCCACAGUCAACAAGGGCACAAAAAUAACCAGGGCCAAGAACAGGGGCUUUGAGGUGAGGUCGUCCAAUGCCCUCAGAAACAGCAUUGAUGCCCUUCUAAAUAUUUAAAGAUUUAAGGUAAAAAUAAAUGCCCUUUCGCCUCUGGCCUGGCACCCUUUGGUAAUCCAGUGCAUGGAUCCCAUUAAAAAGUACAUUUUACUUGUGAUGCCUUUCUUAAAUGGCCUUGGAGGCACUGCUAAAGUGAGCACUGCCUUCUGUUUCCUUUUAGGUGUGCCCUUAAAAAAAUGGCCUUGCCUCCUUUUAAUUCUUAAUUUGAGCCUUGUAUUGGAGACAUCCAAAGUCAUGGUUGGUCUUUGAUAUAAUUUACACUUUUAGAAAUCAUAAUGCAAUGUAAUAUGUGCAUGUGAGGAAGUAAUAACAUUCAAAGCAGGUUGAGUGUAUUUAUAUUCCUAAGUUUCAAAGAUUAAAUGAGCAAUUAAAUGAUAAUGUAUGCAGGUGAGGUGUGAGUGAGGGUUAUUGUAUUCGUUAACAAUGUCAUGUAGAUCAAAGUUGUUGUUUUUACAUAAAUGAUUAAUUGGAUCAUUAUUCUAAUAUUCUUUAAGAAACAUAAUUUCAAAUGGACUUGUUUUUCUUACCAAGCCUUCCAAACGACAUUUGCCCAUUGACUCAAAGCAAUUUGAACUUCUUGCAAAUUUCAUCCGACCAAAUUGCCAAUUAAUAAACUUUUUUAUAUGAUUCGAUUUGAAUUGUUGAAAUUAAAGCCCUAUUCAUUACAUUUAUUAAAAUAUUUGAAACAAAAGUGAACAUUUAAUAUCUGCCUGUAGAUGUAUUAAGAAUUGUCUCUUAUUCUAGUCGACUAUGACACAGAUGUUCAGGUAGCUUUACCUCAAAUUUUUUAUGCAUUUAACAUUUUUUUAAAUUUAAGAUUAUAUUUUGUAGCACUUGUACUCACAAAUAUAUCAUGACAUUGUUAUUAAUAUAUUUAAAUUUCAGAAUAUUCAAAAUUUACGAUCAGCUGUUAUUUUUUCUGCUUGUCCUGGAAUUGCCAUAUUUUUUUUAUGGUAUUCAUACAAUACUAUUACAUCAUUUUCUCUUUUCUGUACACGGCAUGAAAAUUGACAAAAGUGUGUGAAAUGUACAUAAGUUAUAAAAGUGUCCCAUUGUUUUACAAGUUGACGUGGUUUCUUCUCUCUGAGUUUAUUGUUUUGUAGUAUCUGGAACUAUACUUUACGUGUAACUAACAUACAGCAUGUUUCUUCAAACUGUUGCAUACAGUGAUACUACAUAAAUAAUAAUGAAAACUAGGUUUGGAAACCAAUUGAUUAUCUAAUCUAUCAUGUUAUUAAAAAAAAUACUGUAAUCGUUUAUAACAUCUUUUCUGCCUGUCCUUGAAUUUUCAUCUUUUUUAUGGUAUUUAUACAAUACUAUCACUUUUUUUCUGAUCUGUACACGACAUGGAAAUUGACAAAAGUGUGUGAAAUGUACAUACUUAUAACAGUGUCCCAUUGUUUUACAAGUUAACUUUUUGGUUUCAUCUCUCUGUUUCUGAGUUUAUUGAAUUUUUUUAUAUGGAGGUAUAUUUAAUUACUUAACGUAUAACUCAUGAUACAUACAGUAUGUUUCUUCCAACUGUUACAUACUACAUGUAUGAUAAUAAAACCUAAGUCUGAAAACCAA